CCCUCCUCUUCCCUCCUUCACUCACCAACCCUCAAGCUACUACUCUCUUCUUAGCUAAAACCCUAACACAACCAAGCACUUCAUCAAAAGACUAAUUUUUCAAAGAAAAUGUCAGGAGUUUGGUUUUUCAAAAACAAUGGUGUAAUUCGCCUGGUGGAGAACCCUGCAGCGGAAUCUAAUGGAGGGAAUGGAAGUGGUUCAAGGAGAAAGGUAUUGGUGCACUUGCCAUCAGGCCAAGUGGUAUCCUCAUACUCUUCCCUUGAACAGAUCUUGAACGAGUUAGGAUGGGAGAGGUACUAUGGAGGUGACCCUGACCUCUUCCAAUUCCACAAGCAAUCUUCCAUUGACCUGAUCUCUCUUCCUAGGGACUUCUCCAAGUUCAACUCUGUCUACAUGUACGAUAUUGUCAUUAAGAACCCUAACAUUUUCCAUGUUAGAGAUAUGUAAGCUCUCUAUUAUGUUUCUCUAGCUAGACCUUUCCU